AUGCUGAAAGAUAUAUCUGAUCUAGUACCUAUCAAACUCACAAGCGAAACCGCCCUCACCAGAACAAGAAGUAAACCGUCCUCCGCAUCGACGGAGCAGGCAUUCGCCAAUGCCAUACGCGACCGUGAUCGUGGGUGCAUCAUUGCAAAAGUCCAGAACCAUCCCGUCAACAUCCAAGCCGGAGUCUGGGACAGAUUCGAGGCAGCGCAUAUAUUUCCACUUGCCUACUCCGGUCUUUGGAACACGCUAGGCUUUGAUCAACAUAUCACUAUUCCAGGACCGGAUGGCGACAAUAUUAACUCUGUGCAAAACGGUAUCCUUCUUGGAGCUCACAUACACGCCCUGUUUGAUACUUAUGCGUUCUCUAUCUCUGCGAAGCACGGCUACAAGGUCAUCUCCUUCCGCCCAAACAUAGACAACAUCGCAGGAACCUUUCUCCCUGGUGCAUCAUCAUUCCUCACGAACCCCAACCGCCCUCCAGACGCCCUCCUAGACUGGCACUCCCGUCAGGCAGUGCUGACGAACAUGAAAGGGAUGGGGGAGCCUUGUUUCGAAUCGGACUUUCCGCCCGGAUCGAAUAUGUUUCUAAUAAUUACUGACUAUAAAGAUCAUACUGAUCAUACUUAUUACCAACCUGAUAAUGCAAGUUCAAGACAGCGUUGA